CGCGCGCGCCACGAACGCGCGACAAAUCGCGCUGUGGUGCAAUGUCUACUCGUUCGCAUUCGCGCUCCCCGCCUCGCGGACCGUCACGGACCUGAUGGUCUCCGUCUACACGUCGGACCAGUUCUCAGCACUCAUCUCCGCGGUGAGGUCUCUGCCGAACUUGGAGAACUUGGAGGUCCACUUUCUCUGGUGCUCCAGGGACCGAACAACGUCGGGCGUGGUCGCAGUGCCCGCACUCACCUCUCUUACGGUCUCCGAAUCCGGCUACUUCAUCCUAGACCACCUCUUCGCGCCCAAUUUGCGCACGGUGGUGGUGAUGGACGAGCACGACAGCAUCGAGAGCUUGUCGAGGUUUGUAGAGGGUCAUGACCCGUUUGGCACGAUGUUGCGGCGCUUGGAAAUCAGUAUCCGCGCAGAUCAAGUGCGGGUAUAUGGACCAUUCCUCAUUCCGAUUUGGCUGUACCUGGAGCGCUUCGGCUCCAUCCAGGAGUUUGCUCUUACUUACUAUCGGGUCUAGGACUCGGAGCGCCUUAUCACAACUGUCAUCG